GGGCUAUUUGAUUGCCGCACCUUCUGUUUUCCGGUCUGGUGUUGAGGAAGCUAUAAGCGUAACCAUCUUUAAUUCUGUCAAGGAGACAACAGUCCAGAUCCAGUUAGUUGUCAAAGGAGAAACUGUGUCACGAGGCCAUGGCACAGUUCUUGAUAAAGGAACAAUUAAACUGAAGGUGCCUUCAGGACUUCGUGGACAAGCACAUCUAAAAGUCUGGGGCAACCGGCAUCUAGCAGGGGAGGGCUACAUUUUUCACAACUAUACCACAGUAACCAUCGAUAGCAAAGGAUCAUCAGUGUUCAUCCAGACUGAUAAACCUGUCUAUAAACCCAAGCAGAAAGUGUUGAUAAAUCUCUUUAUGGUGACUUCUGACUUGAGGCCAGUCAAUGACAGGAUUGAAGCUUAUGUGGUGGAUCCUCGGGGGUCUCGUAUGAUAGAGUGGAGCAAUUUGAAGCCAUUUUGUUGUGGUAUUGUAAAUAUGAGUUUUCCUUUGUCUGAUCAGCCAGUGUUUGGUGAAUGGCUCAUCUUUGCUGAAAUGCAGGGGCACACAUACAACAAAUCAUUUGAAGUUCAGAAAUAUGUAUUACCAAAGUUUGAGUUGCUGAUUGAGCCCCCUUGCUACAUUCGUGACCUUUCACUGUGUGAAAAAGGAACUGUCCAUGCCAGAUAUACAUUUGGAAAACCAGUGACAGGAAAGUUAAUUGUCAAUAUGACUAUAAAUGGUGUAGGGUACUACAGGCAUGAAGUGGGCCACCCUGUCCUCAAGACCACCCAGAUUGAUGGCUCUGCUGUUUUCAAUGUAUGUGUGAAAGACAUGAUGCCAGCUGAUGUUCCAGAGCAUUUUCGAGGCACAGUCAAUAUCUGGGCCACAGUAAUCAGCUCUGAUGGGAGCAAGCAGGUUACGUUUGAUGACUCAACACCAGUUCAGAAACAGCUGAUUGAUAUCAAGUACUCUAAGGAUACCAGAAAACAGUUCAAACCUGGACUGCCUUACAAAGGAAAGGUAGAAGUCACUUACCCCGAUGGAAGUCCAGCUGACAGAGUCACUAUCCGAAUUAAAGCUGAACUCACGCCAAAGGACAACGUUUAUACAAGUGAACUGGUAUCAAGAAAUGGCCUGGUGGAGUUUGAAAUCCCCUCCAUCCCUACAGCUGCCCAAUAUGUUUGGCUGGAGACCAAAGUGACAGCGAUUGAUGGGAAACCGUCUGGGGAUCACUAUCUGCCAAACUACUUGUCCAUCAGUAGCUGGUAUUCGCCCAGCAAAUGUCACAUCCAGCUCCAGGCACCAGAUAAACCUUUCCAGGUAGGAGAGGAGGCUUGGAUUGCAGUGAAGUCCACAUGUCCUUGCAACUUCACUCUACAUUAUGAAGUGGCAUCGCGAGGCAACAUUGUCCUUUCAGGACUGCAGCCCAGUAACGUCACCCAGCAGAGGAGCAAAAGAGCCACCUUUCCUUUUGAGAAGAACAUUGAUAUCACACGCUUCCCAGAAACAGCACCUACCAGUAUCCCUGCAGCAGAGGUUGAAGUCUGUGUGACAUUCCUCCGCUUCUCAGUAGUUCACAACAUGGCUCCCUUGGGCCGUCUUCUGGCGUAUUACAUCAGGGAGAAUGGAGAAGGGGUCACGGACAGCCUGCAGUUCACUGUGAAGUCCUCCUUUGAAAAUCAGGUUGCAGUGGCCAUCUCAGCAAAUGAGACCAGACCUGGUGAUGUUGUGAACAUCAAGGUCAGAGCUGCAAAAUCAAGCUGUGUCUGCAUUGCCACUGUGGAUAAGAGUGUCUACUUGCUGAGGACAGGUUUUCAGCUGACGGCCAGUCAGGUUUUUCAAGAGCUUGCAGAAUAUGAUGUAUCUGAUGCUUUUGGAGCUCCAAAGGAAGAAGGGCACUUCUGGUGGCCAGGCAUGUCCUCACGUAGACGCCGUAGAUCUUCUGUCUUUCCCUGGCACUGGGACAUCACCAAGGAUGCUCGCUUCGCGUUUACA